AUGGCAUUUGAAGCACUGGGAUUACCUAGUUUAGUUGAGGAAAAAGAUGGGUUUAUAGGAAACUUCAGUAUUGAUUCCAGGCAUGCUAUUGAUAAUGCUACAGACUAUUUAAAAAGUGAAGAACAGCCCAUAGGCUGUGAUGUGGCUAUGGGCGCUCUUGACUUGUCCGAUAGACAGUUGAACUAUGACUCUGAUUUCGGUGACGUUUUGGGCAUACCGUGUCUUGAUUCUGUGAUAUCCAUUGAAUCUUUUGACAUUACUAAAGACGCAUAUCUGAAGGCAGAACCUUUUGAAUCCACUGAUCUUUUCUUGGAAAACAUCGAAGAUUUGUUUCAUGACAAGAGUAUUGAUAUUGGCGACAAUUCUUUAAUGGAAGUGGAUUUCUCUUUGAGUGCCCAAGAUAUUCGUCCUAUCAAUACCAUGUCACAAGUCUCCAAUUGUCUUAAAGCCAACUCAAUAUCUGAUUCAAGGGAACGUCUAAACCAAGAUGACUUGAGUCGCAGAGGUAGUAAAUUUCAAGAUGCUGUGAAAGAAUAUCAAUGUCAUCUUUGCCAACGCUCAUAUGUUGCUUUCCAAGAGUUCGAAUUGCACUGUCAGAGUCAUUAUGAAAACAAUAAUAACACAAGAUCAGACAGACAAAAAGAAAAAACUUGUAAUAUUUUUGAAAUAUUUGAUGAAAUCAAAAUUGGUUCUGAAAGAAAACAACAUUCAGCAUCUAAAAACUUAUUUUUAAAACACAAUAACAGUCAAUCUGUGGAAUACAUAGAAAACGAACUAUCAGAAGACAGUAACAACAUAUCUUUUAAAAAACAAAACAACCCAUCUUUAGAAGACAACUUAUUAUUAGAAUACAGAGACAACAUCUAUUUAGAAAACGAUCAAAUUUCAGAAGAAAACAACCAAUCUAUACAAUGUAACAGUCAGUCUCCAGACAACAAUAGCUCAUCUACAGGAAACAACAUCCCCAGUCCAUCUUCUGUAAUUUACCAUAAAGCCAAUCAAACAUAUUGUCAUUCUGUGGUAGAAGAGAACACUUCGCCAAUUCAUAUCAAUCACAAGAAAACAACCGCGAAAAUACCGGUUCAGUAUACAAAUAAAAGACUUAAAACCACACAACACAAUGACGUUAAUAAUGUGGUUCAAAAUUGUGUUGUCGAUAUUGCUGUCAUUGUGACCACACAGAGACGUGAUGAUAAUGUUGACCAAAUUAAGCAGACAAAGCAAAGAAGGGAUAAUGUUGAAUCACCAAGAUCAACUACCAAAGAGACUAACGUUCGUGGAAAGAAAAGAUAUCAAUCAUCACAUGACAAUCAUAUUACUCCAAAGCUGUCUGAUAUACAGAUCCACUUCUGUCAGAAAUGUGGCAAAUCUUACAAUAGACUGGACAGUUUACAAACUCAUCUUAAGGAUCACGAUAUGAGGGUCCAGAAAGCGCAACACAAGCAUCUUAAAACAUUUACAAAUGAACUAAGUUUGAAUCAACAUAAUGCGAUUCAUUCAGUAUCAAAGCCUUACAAAUGUGAUGUAUGUUGCAUUUUUUUUUCGAAGAAAGAAAAAUUUAGAGCGGCAUUGUGCUAA